CAUUAUCGUGCUACAAUUAGCAAACAGCCAAAUGAUUUUGAACAUGCACUUCGUUCUGCCGCUCCUAAAGAACUGUUCACUUGAUGGCGAAAGCUCUUUUACAAUCUACUACUGGCCCCCACUCGUAAGGAUUAGCGGACGAGAUGAUUGUUUUUCAUGCGCUUUUCUUAAGUUAGUGUCCCGCUAAUGAGAAGAAUAUUCGCAAAAGCAGAAAAGCACUGAAAUGGAAAGGCGAGUUGAAACAAAGCGUCUCUUUGCAAGCGAGUUAAACUGCGGGGGUAACUAACCCUUUGUAUCAGAUCCAGGAAGAUGAACUGUGUGAGAGAGAAGUACUUAAUCUUCCGGGAGCGUCAGAGACUAUUUUGAAGAUUAGAUCUGCGUUUCCAUCAGGACGCGAGCAAAGAUUUAAUCAUUCCUCAAUGUACUAAAGCAAAGAAGUUGUCGAGGGCGAAUGUUGCCAGAUUUGAAGUUAAUCUUCACGUCGCAUCCCUGCUUGGGGAUCAGCGGCUCGGCUGCCCUCAUUUGAGAGCGCGCACGGAGAGGGACGUUCGCUGUCCGCUCUUCACCACUUUGUGUCUCGGUUCUUAGUAUGCACUGAGUCGAAAUGAGUGAGGGACGCGUUACUUGGACAAUUUAAAGAGGGAAGCGUUGUCCCGUUAGCACGGAUGGGGUAAAGAACUGGGAGACGGAGCUCGUUCUGAGCUUACCACCAACAAUUACUGGAGGAUUUUUUUUUCUCACCAGAAUGCGAGAGAGGAAGAUGUGGGUCGGCUGCCAAUUUCCUUGCGGUACGGAUACAAACAAGAACGUGAAAAUUAGCAGCGUGAAAUAGAGGGAAAAUAGAGCUCAAUGUUAAAUUUGACUCUAGAACGUGUACCAUGGAGAAAAGGAAGGGACUGUUCAUUUCACUGUUUUACUUUAUGGCCAAGAUUUGGUUGAGUUCGCAGCAAGUCCUUAGAAUCGGGGGCAUUUUUGAGACCCUUGAGAAUGAGCCUAUAAGUCUAGAAGAACUAGCCUUCAAAUUUGCUGUAACCAAUAUAAACCGAAAUCGAACCCUGAUGCCAAACACCACAUUGACCUAUGAUAUCCAGAGGAUAAACCUGUUUGAUAGUUUCGAGGCCUCCAGAAGAGCCUGCGACCAGCUGGCGUUGGGCGUGGCGGCGGUCUUUGGCCCCUCCCACAGCUCCUCGGUCAGCGCGGUGCAGUCCAUCUGCAACGCCCUGGAGGUGCCGCACAUCCAGACGCGCUGGAAGCACCCCUCCGUGGACAACAAGGACACCUUCUACGUCAACCUGUACCCCGAGUACGCCUCCAUCAGCCGGGCCAUCCUGGACAUCGUGCAGUUCUACAAGUGGAAGGCCGUCACCGUGGUCUACGAGGACAGCACGGGUCUGAUUCGUCUGCAGGAGCUGAUCAAGGCGCCGUCCAGGUACAACAUUAAAAUCAAAAUCCGUCAGCUCCCGACCGGGAACAAGGACGCCCGGCCGCUCCUGAAGGAGAUGAAGAAGGGGAAGGAGUUCUACGUGAUCUUCGACUGCUCUUACCAGACCGCUGCGGUCAUUCUCAAACAGAUCUUGUCCAUGGGGAUGAUGACAGAAUACUACCAUUUUUUCUUCACUACUCUAGACCUGUUUGCGUUGGAUCUGGAGCCUUACAGAUACAGCGGCGUGAACAUGACCGGGUUCCGCCUCCUCAACAUUGACAACGCACAAGUGGCCUCCGUGGUGGAGAAGUGGUCGAUGGAGCGUCUGCAGGCCCCGCCCAAACCCGAGAGCGGACUUCUGGACGACAUGAUGACGACCGAGGCGGCGCUGAUGUACGACGCCGUGUACAUGGUCGCCGUGGCGUCGCAGCGGGCCAAUCAGAUGACCGUGAGCUCCCUGCAGUGCCACAGGCACAAGCCCUGGCGCUUCGGCCCGCGCUUCAUGAACAUGUUCAAAGAGGCUCAGUGGAACGGUCUGACGGGACUUAUAGUCAUAAACAAGACGGACGGCCUGCGGAAGGAGUUUGACUUGGACGUCAUCAGUCUCAAGGAGGACGGCAUGGAAAAGACGUCUGUCGAGGGCACUAACCGCCUAAAUAAAGUGUGGAAAAAGAUUGGAGUCUGGAACUCCAACGGUGGCCUUAACUUGACUGACAGCAACAAGGAAAAGUCCACAAACGUCACGGAUUCCAUGGCGAACAGAACUCUGGUGGUCACCACUAUUCUGGAAAACCCAUAUGUAAUGUACAAGAAGUCGGACAAACCCUUGUAUGGCAACGACCGAUUCGAGGGCUACUGCCUGGACCUGCUGAAAGAGCUGUCGAACAUUCUUGGCUUCGCGUACGAGGUGAAGCUGGUGACGGACGGGAAGUACGGGGCGCAGAACGACAAGGGGGAGUGGAACGGCAUGGUCCGAGAGCUUAUAGACCACGUAGCUGAUCUAGCGGUGGCUCCGCUGACCAUCACUUACGUGCGGGAGAAGGUGAUCGAUUUCUCCAAGCCGUUCAUGACCCUGGGGAUCAGCAUCCUGUACCACAAGCCCAACGGCACCAACCCGGGGGUGUUCUCCUUCCUCAACCCGCUGUCCCCCGACAUCUGGAUGUACGUGCUGCUGGCGUGCCUGGGGGUCAGCUGCGUGCUGUUCGUCAUCGCCAGGUUCACGCCCUACGAGUGGUACAAUCCACACCCCUGCAACCCGGACUCCGACGUAGUUGAGAACAACUUCACUCUGCUCAACAGCUUCUGGUUUGGAGUGGGAGCCCUCAUGCAGCAAGGAUCAGAGCUGAUGCCCAAAGCUCUGUCCACCAGGAUCGUCGGGGGGAUCUGGUGGUUCUUCACGCUGAUAAUAAUAUCGUCCUACACCGCCAACCUGGCUGCCUUCCUGACGGUGGAGAGGAUGGACUCGCCGAUCGACUCCGCGGACGACCUGGCGAAGCAGACGAAAAUCGAGUACGGCGCCGUGAGGGACGGAUCAACCAUGACGUUUUUCAAAAAAUCCAAAAUAUCCACAUAUGAAAAAAUGUGGGCAUUCAUGAGCAGCAGGAAAAACACGGCCCUGGUCAAAAACAACCGUGAGGGAAUCCAGAGAGUCCUGACCACAGACUAUGCCCUUCUGAUGGAGUCCACCAGCAUUGAGUACAUCAGCCAGAGGAACUGCAACCUCACUCAGAUUGGAGGCCUGAUCGACUCCAAGGGCUAUGGGGUGGGAACGCCUAUAGGUUCACCGUACAGAGAUAAAAUCACCAUAGCGAUUCUCCAGCUGCAGGAAGAAGGGAAGCUCCACAUGAUGAAGGAGAAGUGGUGGAGAGGGAACGGUUGCCCCGAGGAAGACAACAAAGAGGCCAGCGCCCUGGGCGUGGAGAACAUCGGGGGCAUUUUCAUAGUGUUAGCGGCCGGGCUCGUCCUCUCUGUGUUUGUAGCCAUCGGGGAGUUUAUAUAUAAGACCAGGAAAAACGCAGACAUCGAGCAGUGUGUUUCUUUUAGCGCUAUAAUGGAGGAACUCAGCCUCUCGCUUUCGUGUCACAGAACGAGCAGGAGAAAGCCGCGAGUUAAGGGAAGAGGGGGACUGUCGGGCAAUCUGUUGUACCACCCCAAGCGUAUUCUGAGGAAAGAAACUAUGGCGUGAGCUAUGGACUUCUCGGUGUCUGGACAACAACAAGGAGCCGGGACCCACAGACUUGAUACGUGUCCUCCUGACAUAAUUUCAUGAGUUUGUAUUUUAAAAAAUAACUUUUUUUUUCCCUCUUUUAUAUAUGCUGCCUGCCAACGUGCAGGUAUUGGGGAUGUUGCAUUUUUGAACAUCGUUUUAAUUUUUCGACAACGUAAACUACAAUGAUUUUUUUUUUUUUAGAUGGAUGAAUGAGAAUGAAAUAAAAUCAGGAAAUUGAAUGCCUUGUGUGUUGACUGUGCUCCAUCUUGUGUAAAUGUAUAUUUGUUCCAGUGUUGUAUCCAACUUUUAUGAAUAAACAUGUUU